UUAACCAAAGGUGAGCUCCAUCUCCACCAUCAGCCCUCUUAUCACUUCAAAAACAAGAUUGUUAUUGUUAUAUUUUGUAUGAGCUUUUGAUUUUUUUUUAAAAUUCCAAUGGCAUCUACGAGAAAAGAUAUUGAUCGGAUCAAAGGUCCAUGGAGUCCAGAAGAAGACGAGGCUUUGCAGCGGCUGGUUCAGACGCACGGCCCCAGGAACUGGUCUUUAAUAAGCAAAUCAAUACCGGGUCGAACUGGGAAGUCCUGCAGGCUCAGGUGGUGCAACCAGCUUUCCCCUGAGGUUGAACACCGACCCUUCACUCCCGAAGAAGAUGAAACCAUAAUCCGAGCUCAUUCUCGAUUGGGCAGCAAAUGGGCCACCAUCGCUCGACUCCUCAAUGGCCGUACUGAUAACGCCAUUAAGAAUCACUGGAACUCGAUGCUCAAGCGAAAAUGCUAUUACAUGACCAGAUAUUUGCGCAAUGAUUCGUUGCAUCCGCUUAAAAGAUCGGCCAGUCUUGGUGCUGGUAAUAAUAUAUUGUGUCUUUACUUGAACCGCGAUAGUUCUUCAGGAUCCGAUGUGAGUGACUCAAGUUUACUAGCUGCAUCAUCGGCUUACACGCCGUUUGCAAGAACUGGUUCUUGGGCCACUUCUAGUCAGCAUUUGGAAACGGCAUCAUCCACAACUAAUCCUCCUACUCUACUCACCCUCUCGCUGCCCGGAUCCAAUCCUUGUGAAAUCUCAGAUCCCAUUCCCAGAUCCAACCUUGUUCCUACCCCCACAGAGGCUCCGGUACCAAUACCAGAUGCCCCAGCCGUUGGUUCGGGUCCAAGUGUUCAGUCAAAGCAAGUAGAGAUGCAAAACAGAACGUUUCGGAUGGAUCAGCAGUACUUUAGCGCUGAGUUUUUGGCAGUUAUGCAAGAGAUGAUAAGAACAGAAGUGAGAAACUGUAUGUCUAGGACUGGGAUUGAACAAAAUGGUAUUUUUGUACAAACUGAAGCCAUCAGAAAUGCUGUUGUCAAGCGUAUUGGUAUUAACAAGCUCGAGUAGACGACAAGAAUCCUCAGAAGAACGAAAAUAAAAACGUCUUCUCUUUCCUUCAGUUCUUCUGUUUUAGUCCCUUUCUAUGUUGGUUUAGUUGUUUCUGUCGUAGUGUAAAGAGGAGACUAUAAGGGGAAAAAACCAUAAACAAGGUUGAAAUUCGAAAAAAAAAGAAAAUACCCUCUAAAUUUCAAAAUCAA